AUGGAUGAUUUUGAUGUCAUUCUUGGGGCUGAUUUCGUGACCAAAGCAAAAGCAGGAAUAUUCCACCACUACAAUGACAUAUUGAUAUGUGGAGGGAAACACUCCUACUUUGUACAAGGGACUGUUCAGGAGGGAGCAAGACCACAAAUUAUCUCAACCAUGCAACUGAAAAAUGAACUACAGCACAAGGUAGACACAUUCCUGGUCACUCUACAAGAAGUUGAGGGAGAAGGUCAGAAGGUAGGACAUCCACAUGUAUUAUCUUUACUUAACGAAUUUCAAGACAUCAUGCUAGAUAAAUUAUCUGCUAAAUUACCACCUAGGCGAGAUAUAGAACAUAUGAUUGAAUUAUUACUAGGAGAAUGUCCAUCGGCUAGAGACCCAUAG